AAUAAAUAUCAAACCCGACCCAUAUAUAUUUUCUAAAGCGGUGAACGGAUUAACUUACUUAAAAAGUUCCCUAAAAAUUCCUUGAAGAAAUAUAGACUUUUGGAGCAGCAUGACGUCCAGGCGCACCUUAUUCACUGCCAAACUUAGGGAGAAGCAGUUGAAGCGGCAGGGCGAUCGCCUCUUCAAGGCUCACAAGUUUGAAGACGCCCUAAAGAGCUACUCUGCGGCCGUGAAUAUGAACCCGACCAACUAUAAACACCUUAUGGAUCGAGCCAAGUGCUACAAAAACCUUAAUCAGUGGGAGCUAUUCGUUCAGGACUGGCGUCGCGCCCUGAACUUUAAGGGAAAUAUGCUAUAUGUGGCCGGAAUAUUAAUGGGCGCCGAACUCGUGCAAGCCAACAAUAGCAUCGAAGAAGUUGCCACUUACUUGAAGGCCGCACGUAUCGUGACCAAGCGAGAGGUCCAAAGGAACUCAAAUGGAUUAUUCCUAAAGUUGGAACGAGCUCGCAAGAAUCGUUGGCUCGACUUGGAGUCAAGGGAGAUUAAUCAGGAAAAGGAGCUGGUUGACUAUAUGAACAAAUUAAUCAAAUUCGACAAGAAGAUUCGUUUGGGGCUGUUGAAAAAAAUUAAAAACAACUUGCCCGAAGAUGAGGUUAAGGCUAAACGGCGGGAAAUUCAAAAAACAAGCACAGAGAAAAGCAAGCAGCUAAGCAAAAUAUUUGAGAAACUUAAGGAGCGUCGUAAGAAACGCGAAAUUCCCGACUACCUGCUAUGCCCGAUAAGCUUUGGUAUAUUCAAGAAUCCAGUAAUCACUCCUUGCGGCAUCACCUACGAGCGCAAGUCCAUUGUUAAGCAUUUGAAGCAAGGUGGCCCCUUUGAUCCUGUCACACGCACCGAACUCACUGAGGAACAGUUGAUACCAAAUCGCGCCAUAAUGAAUGCCGUUGACUCGUUUCUGGCCGAGAACGAAUGGGCUAGACACGAGUAAGAGACGAGUGAGAAAAGCGGCAAAUGCUUGGUUUAAACGUAAACUUGCGU